UCUCCUGCGAAGGCCCCCCAAACUCCUCGGAUUUGGGACAUUUCUCUAUUUCCCCAGCACACUUGGCCCGCCAGGACGUGGGCAGUGCUGCUCCCGCGUCCAGGAAAACGACUGGGCAUUGCCCCCAGUUUCCCCCAAAUUUGGGCAUUGUCCCCGGGUCUUCCAACGGACUGGGCGUUGCCCCAGGACACUGGGGACUGCCCCCGGGGUCCCGCUCACCUCCAGCAGCGUCCGCCGCCGCCGCACGGCUCUCGCUCGCUGGCUCGGCUCCUCGCGCGCCCGCGGACGCAGCUUCCCGCCUCCAGCCUCCAGCUUUGCGGAGAUGGUUUCCCCAGACCCCCAAAUUAUCGUGGUGGCCCCCGGGGCUGAACCCGACUCUACGCAAGUCCAACGCACUGAGGACGGGGGAAUCAUUAUCCGGAUAUUUUGGGUGGGUCCCAAAGGCGAGCUGCUCACGCGAACCCCGGUGAGUUUGGUCACGCAGAUGCCGAUGGGGGUCCCGAUGGGGAAGUCGAUGCUGGUGCUGCUGACCUUCUUGGCCUUGGCCUCGUGCUGCUUUGCUGCUUACCGCCCCAGUGAGACCCUGUGCGGCGGGGAGCUGGUGGACACCCUCCAGUUUGUCUGUGGGGACCGCGGCUUUUACUUCAGCAGGCCGGCAAGCCGCGUGAGCCGCCGCAGCAGCCGUGGCAUCGUGGAGGAAUGCUGCUUCCGCAGUUGUGACCUGGCCCUUCUGGAGACCUACUGUGCCGCCCCCGCCAAGUCCGAGAGGGACGUGUCGACCCCUCCGACCGUGCUUCCGGACAACUUCCCCAGAUACCCCGUGGGCAAGUUCUUCCAAUAUGACACCUGGAAGCAGUCCGCCCAACGACUGCGCAGGGGCCUGCCUGCCCUCCUGCGCGCCCGCCGGGGUCGCUUGCUCGCCAAGGAGCUCGAGGCGUUCAGAGAGGCCAAGCGUCAUCGUCCGCUGAUCGCCCUGCCCACCCACGACCCCGCGGCCCACGGGGGCGCCUCUCCGGAGGCCUCCGGCAAUCAGAAGUGAGCCAAAAUGUCGCGUAAUUCUGCAAGAUGGCACUGUCCACCUAGUGCCCUCCUCCUGGCCAGGGGCCGUUCCACCAGGCCCCGCCUCUGACCCCUCUUGGGAUCGCAUUCCCUCUGCGGGCUCCCCCAGCCCCGGCCCCCGCGCCCCAACCUCCCCAUGUCAGGCUCUUCUCUCCUUGGCCCUCUCCAUCGGGCUGAGGAGACUCUAGCAACAUCUCUAGAAAUGUGCAAACUCAAUUGGCUUUAAACAUCCCCCCCAAAUUACCCCCAAAUUAUCCCCAAAUUGUGUAACCAGAAAACCGAAACUACGAACCCCUAACUCCCUCCCUCGUACACACACAUUAGUCCCCUUAAAAGGAAUUGGCUUUUUAGAAACACCUGGAACGUUAAUUAGCUUAAAAAAACAAAAACCCUAAAAUUAUCAAUUGGCUAAAAAAAAAAAAA